AGCGUCCAGAAAACGGGUGGGGGGGGAAGAGUCUGAAUCAGAUUGUAAAUAUGGUCGUUAACGGCUUAAAGUGCGGUUUUCUAAGCGGGCGGAACAUUAUGAGAAAAUAUGGCGUAUUAUUCCUGCUACUGACUGAUGUGUUCUUCAAAUCCGUAAAUGGGUACCUGAGCUCCGCACAUGUGGGUCAAGAUCCUGCUUACACAUCUCAACACGGCCCGGCAGUACCGGGUCCGGCUGGAUCGGCAGAACCACCAGCAGCAGCAGCAGCCCCCUCUUCCUCAUCCGCUUCUUCAUCAUCAUUAAAUUCAUUGGCUGAUGUAGAGAAUCACGAGGCAAAGUGUCCCAGUGGAGGACUGUGUAAUAAGUUACCAGCUGACUGCUUCACGUGUGCGUAUCAUCACAACUGCAGCUACGGAAAGGCGGCCAAUUUCACCUGCAGGGCCAAGAAAGGAGUUCACUGUUUGGACGCCUCGGAUCGGCAACAGACCGUCUUUAACUUGACGGUGGAUUGUCAGUUUUGCUGGCAGCUCGAUCCAACUCUGUAUCGCUGCAACAUAUCUACCACCUGCAUGACCGUGCACUGCCCUCGAAAACGCUAUAACGCCACCUGCACCGUCCUGGACCAUGUACACUGCAUAGGAAAAAGGGAAUUUCAGAAGCGUCUGUUUUGCAACUGGACCGGAGGAUAUAAAUGGUCCACAGCACUGACGCUCAGCAUCACUCUGGGUGGGUUCGGAGCCGACCGCUUUUAUCUGGGUCAGUGGAGAGAGGGACUGGGCAAGCUUUUCAGCUUCGGCGGACUGGGCAUCUGGACCCUCAUUGACGUCCUCCUCAUCGCCGUGGGUUACGUAGGGCCUGCUGAUGGAUCGCUCUAUAUCUGAGAAAGGGAAUUUCAGACUGGACUGAAAGAGUGAAGUGAGAUUAAGCUUAAACUGGGUUUCUCACCACAACUAGGCUUCAGGAAAACCUGAUUAUUGUGUUCACAUAAAAACACAAAGUGUCGCUUGAUAUCACUACAGGUGAACGACUUCGUAGACACCCGCAUGAUUCCCAGUCCUAGUGCACAUACGAGAGAGCUCCUGUGCUCUCGUUGAGCUGUGCUGAACAAAAAGGUGUGAGAUUUUAAUUCUCUGCAUCAUAAAAAAAGACUUGGAAAGAUCCUCGACCUCAUCCUCGACCUCAGAGACUAAUUGUAAUGCCACUUUUUAUCUUAGAGGUGUGUGAGGCGUUCCAUCAGUCUUCAUCAGGUAAAUGAGUUGUAGCUUAAAAAAAAGAGAAAAAAAAAGACUCAUGACGUGUACCCUUGGAUUCUUUUUGCCUUUUUUAAUGUUGAAAAGAAACAAAAAAUUUCAAGAUGUGUCCGUGCCAUUACGCUGUUACAGUAACACACUUCAGCUUGUUCGGUGUGUGUUUGUUGUAAUGUUUGUGUCUAGGCAGUAACUGCAUUUGUACCACUAUUUAUUUUCUCAUUUCAUUUUUUUUUUCCGACCCAAAAAGCUCCUGACAAGACCAAAUGUUUAUUAUAAUAUCGGUUCUUCAGGUUCAUUAGGUUUCACCAAGCAAAUAUUUCGACUUUAAAACGUGUUUUUAAAUGACCGAUUGCAUCAUACGAGGGAUGAAUGUGGAGUCAUUCUAGAAAUAAAUCAUACAAAAAUCCAA